CCGCAUCCAGCUCACUCUGCAGUCGCAACACCUCGCCUUCCAGCUCCGCCUUGGCCGUCUCCAGCUCGGACGUUGUUUCGCCGUGUUGCGUGCGGGCCGCAUCCAGCUCACUCUGCAGUCGCAACACCUCGCCUUCCAGCUUCGCCUUGGCCGUCUCCAGCUCGGACGUUGUUUCGCCGUGUUGCGCGCGGGCCGCAUCCAGCUCGCUCUGCAGUCGCGACACCUCGCUCUCCAGCUCCGCCUUGGCUGUCUCCAGCUCGGACGUUGCAUUGCCAUGUUGUGUGCGGGCCGCAUCCAGCUCACUCUGCAGUCGCAACACCUCGCCUUCCAGCUUCGCCUUGGCCGUCUCCAGCUCGGACGUUGAUGCGCCAUGUUGCGCGCGGGCCGCAUCCAGCUCACUCUGCAGUCGCAACACCUCGCCUUCCAGCUUCGCCUUGGCCGUCUCCAGCUCGGACGUUGUUUCGCCGUGUUGCGCGCGGGCCGCAUCCAGCUCGCUCUGCAGUCGAGACACCUCGCUCUCUAGCUCGGACGUUGAUGCGCCAUGUUGCGUGCGGGCCGCAUCCAGCUCGCUCUGCAGUCGCGACACCUCGCCUCCAGCUCCGCCUUGGCCGUCUCCAGCUCGGACGUUGA